AUGCGUUGCCCGUUCUGCAAGGGGACGCAGGGGCGGUGCGCCGCCACGGCGUCGGGGAGGUGGGUCACGGAGUGCUGCUCCUGCGGGCGAGUUGUGGAGGAGCGGCAGGUCCAGGAGCACCAGCUCUUCCUCCUCCGCGCUCACGACAACCCCCUCUGUGUCGUCACCCCGGACCUCUUCGUCGGCACGCCCGCGGCGGAGCAGGAUGAAGGGGAGAAGGCGGAGGUCUCUGCGCUGCACAGUACAGAAGAUGGAGGAGAGGAGGACCCCUUCGAGCCGACGGGGUUCAUCUCCGCUUUCUCCACUUGGUCCCUCGAGCCUGCUCCCGUAUUCGCGCGGUCCAGCUUCUCCUUCUCCGGGCAUCUGGCCGAGCUCGAGCGCACCCUCUUCUCCACAUCGUCGGCGUCCUCGUCUUCCGCUUCUUCGGCUGCGGACUCAUCGGGGCCACUCGUCUCGGUGGAUCACCUGAGGGCAUACCUGCAGAUUAUUGACGUCUCUUCGAUUCUGGACGUCGACCACGACAUCACCGAUCACGCCUUCCAGCUCUUCAGAGACUGCUCGUCCACGACGUGCUUGCGGAAUCGCAACAUUGAAGCCCUCGCCACAGCGGCCCUCGUCCAGGCUAUCCGCGAAGCGCAGGAACCCAGAACCCUCCAGGUACUUCAAACCCUCGCACGAAACGUCUCUUCGAUUCUGGACGUUUCGUGCUUGCUCCAAAUAAGUUUCACCGAUGAUGAAAUGAUGGAUGAAGCUGGGUAAAACUCGGACCCUUUUCUUCAAUCCAAGAGAGUUAUUAUCGAUCGAUCUCACUGGUUUCUUGCAUUGAAUCCUUCUUUGUGUGGUUCUCAAUCCAUCCGGAACAUCCGACCAAGUGCAAGCUUCGUCGCGGAUUCUUCCCAUCUAAUUAGGCAAUAAUCGUGUAUAUAUAUGUUGAGUCGAUCGUUUUCAACUAUAAAAUUAAGGUAAAUGGAGCACAAAAAAGCGGGAAUUACUUCUCCUUUAAAUGAUAUCCCAUUACUAAGACACUGAAUUCUUUUUAAUCCCGUGCUAGCACGUUAGUGGGUGAUCCAGAGACGCGCUUAUGAUGCCUGAUAAGCCCCCUCGUCCUAAUAAACUCCAUAAUCUUCUUAUCGACAGCUCUCAAUCUCUUUUCAGUCUCUGAAAAUCUCCAUCGGUGUGUUGUAUACUCUCUGGGAUUUGAAAUCAGAAUUGAGUCCUAGCCACUGAACGAAGCAGCUUUGUUCAUCUUCUCUCGGGCAUUUUCUCUGCACAUGGCUCAGCUAACAUGAAAUGUUAUUAAUGGAGUCAAUUGGGUUAAAGGUAGCUGUCCCAAGGAUCUCGUCACGAUUCAUGUUGAUAUUAACCAGAGAUCGCUGUCGCAAGCACUAAGAUGAAACCAUUUUUCUGCCAGGAAAUCUCUGCAGCGGCCAACCUCCCCCAGAAGGAGAUUGGAAAAUAUAUCAAAGUUCUUGGUGGGUCCCUGCAGCUUAGUCAACCCAUCAACAGUAACUCCAUUGCAGUCCAUAUGCCAAGGUUCUGCACGCUCCUCCAGCUUAAUAAGUCGGCGCAGGUGUUUAGACCCGGAUCUUUUGCCUUAACCAUAGUAAGUCAACGUUAUCAUAUUCUGGGUGCUGUAAACCCGCGAUUUUCGCAGGAACUUGCUGCCCACAUCGGGGAAGUCGUGAUCAACAAAUGUUUCUGCACCCGUCGGAAUCCCAUCAGCAUCUCUGCGGCGGCCAUUUAUCUCGCCUGUCAGCUGGAGGAUAAACGCAAGACCCAAGCCGAGAUCUGCAAGGUCACUGGUCUUACGGAGGUUACCCUUCGGAAGGUCUACAAGGAGCUGCUGGAAAACUGGGACGACCUGCUCCCCCCCAACUACACUCCCGCUGUGCCUCCGGAGAAGGCCUUCCCCAUGACCACAAUCUCCUCAGGGCGUUUCGCAGCUAACAAAGCAGAGCCAGUUGAGGCAGGCCCUUCGAGCGCUCAGCUAGAGAGAGAGAAGCACCCCACAGCUGCCAGAAUCACCAAACAGGAGUUUCAAGAGCAAGAAGCUCCAGCGAGGGGGAAGGACGCGGAGAGUUGCUCUUUUCUGGGUGCCCCUGGAAUCACCGUCCGGGGCUUGGAUCAGGCGCCCUUCGGCUCUUGCAUGAGGCCGGAUGGAGUCAAGGGAGAUCGAGCCGAUGCUGCUAAUGACACCAAGUUUGCUCCCAUCUCCCCUUUUAAGACCGAUGGAACCACAAUGGGCUGCAACAUGUUCCAGAGAGCCGGCCAAGUCCGGGGUCCCUCGCCUCCUGAUGGCCACUCCAACGUGAGGGCAUUCCAUCUUCAGUCUCCUGCCCAUGGGGAAUCCCAGCCCCCCUCCAGGCAUUAUCAGACUGGUUCUAAAUUUGCUUCAGGUGCAGAGCACUGCUAG